CAGGUCACGGUUCUCCAAACGUGAAACAUGUCGCCUGGGCAAAAAAACGUCCAGCUUUCUUUUAAAAGUGAGGAUGUUUAUUCAGGCUCCAGAACAAGUAAGAUUAGUGCAAGUUUUGAGUUGCAGUCUGCGUUUCUCAGACAUGUUUUCAUGAAGGAAAGUUAGCCGAAAGCUGGGAAGUUCUUGUCUGGCUAACUUUCCAAGGAAGGUUUUGUUUUCAUGGUGCGAUGCAACAGGCGUUUAUUGCAGAUAGAAUACAAUAACAGAACAUGAAAGACAACAACUUCUCUGGAGAAGAAGAAGAAAUGCAUUCAUUCAGAUGUGAACAAAGUGAUGCAAUUUUGUUUUCAAAUGAAGUAGAGAGGACUUCGAGACCUGGACGUUGCAAAUGUCAAACUGCAUGGUCAUUGAGUCUGGCUGUGAAAGUUCUGUACAUAUUCUUUAGUUGUCUCAUCAUAGCUGUUGCUGUUCUUGCAUCUGUAGUGUUCAAAAAGGUUGACUCCAUAACUGAAGAUCUCAACAUGGCCCAGUCAUUCUAUGAGACAAAGAUUAGUUCUGUUCAGACAAACAUUAAAGCGCUUGAUAAAAAAUCCACAAGCAAAAAUUGUUCUUCUUGCCACGACAUUUCCCAGUUUGCACAAGAAAUCAUUGGCUUGCAGAAAGAGUUUGAGGAGAUACAGCAGUUACUGUUGACUCAAGAGCCUGCUCUGGAUGAGACUGUCCAAAACCACUUGACCCUUUUGACUGACAACAGACGAAUCAAUAAGGAGGUUAUGCAUUAUUCAACAUCUAUUGAACAGAUCAACCAAACGGUGGAAAGUGUUUCAGUGCAAGUAAAUGGAUUGCAAAGCCUUAUAAAGGAACUUGAUGAGUUUAUGAGGAAACUGACCCAGGACCAGUACAAAAUAAGGAUUAGUGUGCAACACAUUAACUUCACCACCAACCAGAAUACAUUAUGGCGUGAAGAAAUUCAAAGGAAAGCUGAUGAGGAAACGCUAAUAUUACGGAAGAUAGUGGCGGACUGGCAGAACUCCUCAAAAGCUUUUGGAAGUUUGAAGACUUCAAUGAGCAGGAUGAAUGAUGUGGUGAAAGGUAUUCAGAGCACUCUGGUCACUACACUGCAGAGAGUCUCUCAAAAUGCUGAGGUCAUGCAUGACUUAAGCUUGCAACUGCUGGUGGUGCAUGAGCAGUUUGAAAAUAUCUCCACCUUCCUUGAUGACCAUGAAGAAAAUAUUCAGGACAUUGUUUAUCAUGCAAAGUAUUAUGAAAACAGGACAGCUGAGAGGUUUGAAACCAUUAUGGGGCGAAUGAUUUCCCAUGAAACUGAAAUUAACACCAUACUGGCCAACAUCAAUGCUACAAACAAUCAUGUACACAGCAUGAUAAAGUAUAUCAGCGAUGUGAGGACAUCUUGUUCAAGUGGGAUUGGAACACAUUCAGAAGAACUUUACCAUCUCAACAAUUCCCUGAUCGUUAUUCAGAGUGCCACCGAUAUGCUACGACAGCAGUAUAAUCUCCUAACAGCAACAGUGGACGAGGAAAUAAGCAAGCUUGCUGUUGUAAUGGAAGAAAUGAAAAUUGUUGAUGCACAACAUGGAGAGGCAAUCAAAAAUGUCACUAUUUUAAGAGGUUUGCCAGGUCUGCCAGGACCAAAAGGAAACAAAGGGGAGGCAGGAAUAAAAGGAAACGUUGGCCCUGUCGGACCAAAAGGUGACACAGGUGAACAGGGUCCCGCAGGAAAGUCUGGCGCACGAGGUUUAGAUGGACCUCCGGGUGCUCGUGGAGACAAAGGUUCAAAAGGUCCGAUCGGGGCACCUGGUCUUAAAGGAAGUAAAGGUUCUUUUGGGAAGUCUGGCUCACGAGGAGAUGCUGGUUCUAAGGGAGACAGAGGACCACCAGGACCAGAAGGAAAGCCAGGACCACGUGGGCCCAAAGGGCAAUCAGGUGCUAAAGGAGAUCCUGGAAUUCCAGGGCCACGGGGACCAAAGGGAGAAAUGGGAAAAACAGGCCCCCCAGGAUCUCGAGGACCACCAGGUCCAUGAACAGAAGCAUCUUUGUUUUGUUUUGAUCUGUUGCACCCUCCUGAAUGUUUGUUACAUAAUUACGCAAAGAAAAACAGCAAGAUUUAUGCUUACUUUCCAAGAAAUCUUAAAACUAAUUCACUGAAACAGAUAUGGUACACACUAUUGUCACAUGACUCCCUGGUCACACGUGAUAGGUUACCACCAAGUUUAUAUGCCAUCUUUAACAAAUUAUUAUAUAAAGUACCUACUAGGAUGAGACUAAUCUUCUUCUCAUUUUGACCUAGAUCAGACUCACAAUCAAAUGUCUAGAUCAGAGUCAUAAUCAUCCCAGUGCUCAGUUUUAACUGCCUUAUUUGAAUUGUUCAGAUAUAAGAUGUAACAUGAUGGAACAUUACUUAAUGAGGUACCUGAAGCCAGGGAAAUCCAUAGAGAUCCAGUUCACUGUGAAGCACUGUCUUUAGGAGACGAAGACGUAAGGUAGUUGCAACAAAAAUAAUUGUUCAACAUCCCACCUACAAAGCACGAUUGCAGGACAUUGUCUUCAUAUUCAGUUUUGCAAUUUACAGGCAUCCUGAGGCAACUUAGAACGUGUUUUGUAGAAAUGAAGGACUUGAAGCUUGGGCCCUUCUGCUCAAUCCAGUGAUUGGAAGUCAAAGAGCUGGGUCUAGUCCACUCAAGAUUAUGAAAUGGUCACUUGUUGACUGAUUCUAAAAGGCAAAAUUUUAGCAAAAACAAAUAAAUUCAUUUACGGUUCAGGAGAAGCAGAAACGGUCCCCAAUUUCACUUCAUUCUGAUUAACCAUGCCCCAUAAACCUAACUAUUGGCGAGAGGUCUACUAUCCAUUGCUUUAAAUGAAUAUGCUCCAUGUGGAGCUUUAAAAGAUGCCAGCCUCUCACACAAAUUAAUGUGGCUUGAGUUCCAAUUUUGGCUCAGACCAGGGCAUCCUUCAGGGACAUGUUGUAGGUUCAUUGCUGCCACCAUGUUAGAAUUUAUUACCAUUGAACUGUUAUUCUUGAUAAUAUGACCAUGUGGUCAGGAUCAUACUAUUUAAAGACUGCUAUUUACUUAACUUUAAAUGACUGUUAUGCGAGAUUUUGCAAUUUAAGUUAUGCCAGAAAUAACUCACCUUUUAAACGUAGGGCCUACAGCAAUUUUGAAAUAUUUUCUGAUUAAUUUUCAGCUGAUUUUGACUCUUUAUAAAUUUUCUCAUCAAUAAGUGCUUGUAAAUUCCUUAAAGUUAACUUUUCCACAUUUCCUGGACAAAUGGUUUGUUCUGAAAUUUCUGCUGAAAAUGAAUCCAGCCGGUAAUUACAUAGAUUAUAGGAAGUGUUGUGAGUACACAGUAGUCAGCAUCUGCACAACACGUUGUUGGUCUUCACAUUUCAAUGCCAAUGCUGCCGACUGGUUGUCUAUCCUAAAACACCUCUGGCUGGAGCAGAACUCACUAGAUACGUAAAGUCUCUCUAUGGGCCUACACGUAUUGGUAUGCAAACUGAAUAUGCAUAUUGGAAUUUAAAAGGGCAAGUAUACCUCAUGUUUUUUGAAUCUGCAGAAGACAUUUGAUCAUCUCUCAUGAUCACAGUGCUGGAAACCCAGACAGCAUGCAUGGAGCAAACAGCUUGCAGCUACCUGAAGCUCUCCUCAGGCUUUUACUGCUGUCGUAUUUUGCCCAAGCCCAAGUCAGUGAAACACAUACAACACAGUGUGGUGCUGGAAAAGCACAGCAGCACCACUCUCUCGACUCUGAUCUCCCGCAUCUGCAGUUCUCACUUUCCCACAUGCAGACAUAGGCAAAACAGAAACAAUUGGGGGCUGACAUUCCCAUGCAUAAAACCUUAGCUAUGUUGCCCUAGAUGCUGUGAGAAAUAAAACCAUUUACUGUGUGAUGGCAAGUGAUAGUUAGAUAAAUUGAAUACACAUCUAUUGAGAAUUGUAAUCUUUUCUGCACUUGUAACACUUUGUGUGUUAACACUGAUGCAAUUUGUGUGACUAAAUAUAGGAGCAAAAGCAGGUCAACGUUUCUCAGGAUUUUGUUUUUUAGAAAAUGAGAUUUACCUUGGAGUACCAAAGUUCAACACCUUCCAACAUUGCAACCCCUUUACCCAUCAUGAAAGCAAAUGAGACAAAAUAUAAUGAAAUCCUUGCAACUAUAAAGACUCUUUCAAAAAUUAACAUUUGUUUAUUAAAUGAAUCCACAGGGAAAAAAGAGGUUUUGUAUUACAGUUUAUAUUUCAAAGAUGUGAUGUAUCCAGGAUAGAUAUCAACAUUUUUUUUUGCAUUUGCUGAAAUUUUCAAACAUUCAGAAACACAAGAAAAUUACACCUAAGAAGGUGUAAGGUUUAUGUUCACUUUCACAUUUCAAUAGUUAUAAUUGAUAUAUUUCAGGAUUAGGAAAGACUAAAGAAUAAAUGAUACGUUAUUCAUUUUGCAUGCAUUAAUUAAUUUGUCAUUUUUCUUCUGAAAAAUACAAAGACAAUUGCUAUGACCAUGAUGUUUUGCAAGUAUUGCAUACUCUAAGAUUUGCACUGUAACUAUAAGAUAUGUGCAAAGUUAUAAAGCUGGGAAAUGGCCAUGUUUACAUUUUAUGUUAAAUGUAAAAUGUAUUAUUGUUUGCUAGUGUGUCAGUUUAACUUGUUAAUUACUUAUUUGCUUUAAAAUACCCUUUACAGCAUAUUCAAAUGAAUGCUAUCAAAAACAUUCACAAUUAAGGAUUUUAUGCAGGCCAUGUGCUCAGUUUUUUUUAGUCUUUUCAGUAAAAUCUAUGACACAGUAAAAACGUUAAGGUUUAAAAUAUUUUAAUUAUGUAUAACAAUCUGAAAUACUUUCAAGAAAAUAGAGUAUUGUUUUAUUAUAAUUGGAAAAAAUGAACUGGUUUCCUGAAUUUUGUAACGUGUUAAAACUGCAGCUGGUUUGCAUGCUAUUGUAGUUGUCAUCCAACCUAUGUAAACAUUGUAACUUCUAAUUAUAGCCAGUUAGCCGAAGCCCUGGCUUAAUAAAUGCAGUGCAUAACUA